AUGGUUUGGUUCCUCUGUUCUGAUCAUGGGUUUGGUUCCUCUGUGUUUCAGUCUGAUCUUGGUUUGGUUCCUCUGUGUUUCCGUCUGAUCAUGGGUUUGGUUCUCUGUGUUUCAGUCUGA